AUAUAUUUAUAUAAUAUAUAUAUACAAGGACAGAUGUAUGUUCUUCAUAGUUACGUGUUCGGUUUCAUUUCUCUCUCAUAUUUCUUUUUCUUUCUUGGUAACGAAAGGUUUCGUUCUCAAUUCUUAUCUAUUAAGCACAAAUCAUAAUACAUCUUGUUCCGAUUAAGAUUCACUUUUUAUUCCGAUAGAUCAGAUUCAUUUCCUGAAUCUGUUAUAUAAAAUUCUUUCUAAAGAGGAAGAAAUCUCACAGUUCUAACAGGAAGAAUGGGUUCUGAACAGAAUGAUAGCACGAGCUUCACACAAUCUUCAGAGCCGAAGCUGUGUGCAAACGGAUGUGGUUUCUUUGGUUCGCCAUCAAACAUGGAUCUGUGCUCGAAAUGCUACCGAGACAUAUGCGCAGAGGAAGCUCAAACAGCUGUUGCAAAAGCUGCCGUUGAGAAAUCUUUCAAGCCAUCGCCUCCUCCUCCUACACUCUUCAUAGCAGAGCCUGAUGUGGCGAAACCAGAGAAAGAAAAGGCAGUUGCUACUGUUCUUGUGGUGGCCGAGCCAUCUUCUGCAACAGGAGAAGGUACAGUUCCUGAACAGAACGAGCCACCAUCUAAACCUGCACGGCCGAACCGGUGUCUGUGUUGCAACAAGAAGGUUGGUAUACUUGGGUUUAAGUGCAAAUGCGGGAGCACUUUCUGCGGCGAACAUCGGUACCCUGAGAGACAUGAUUGCAGCUUUGAUUUCAAAGAAGCUGGGCGUGGAGAGAUUGCAAAAGCCAAUCCGGUUAUUAAAGCUGAUAAACUUCAAAGGUUCUGAGAAAGGCUAUGGUGUUGGUCUCUCUUUUCUUUUAUCUCAAAUUGUAUUUGAAUGGAAUUGGGUUUCUACUAGUGGAUUGUUUCCAAAGGGGGGUAAGAUGAUGAAUUUGGUUCUUUAAUAAACUCAGUCAUCUCUAUUUGAUGCUAUUCAGGUACGGAUUAUAAUCUUUGUGGGUAACUUGUAAAAUCAAUUUAUCAAAGCUUCUUUUGGCCUGUGGAUUUA